GUAACCACGGACGCAAAAUACGGUUGCCUCCUCCCAGGAGAGGAGCCUAGAGAGAGGCAUAUCAGGCAGGUGUUCCUGAUCGCCAAAGAAAUACAGGAGGCCUAGAUAGGCCUAGUAAUAGGGAAUGAAAUAAGCAAUCAAAAUAAUGGGGAUCUGAUAAAUGGUGCUUCCGUAAUGUUUACUUUUUUACUCUGUCUGCAUUAAAUUAGGAUAAAUACCAGCAUGUUGAAAUUCUUUCCUGGUUUUGACAAAUUUAAGUAACAAUUAUGUAAAGGAAAAAAUGACGACACCAAAGUCAAACGCUCGACUUCUUGGUUCAGUGAAAGUUAACCGUGGCGUUGUCUUUCCACCUUUGACACGUUCCUGGAAUGAAUCUGGAAAAAAAUACUUCAAAGCUCAUGGACUUUCUGUGCAAGGUGAUGGAAUGGUUACUCAUAAACGAAUUGCUGAAAAAGAGGAGACUCCACGGACACCAAGUAGUAGGCCACACACCUCCAGGUCAGACCCAAACCACAAAUCAGAAGAAUUAAAAGAAUAUCAGAAUCGUGAGAGACAGUAUAAAAAUCGAAUCCAAUCUCUGCAAAAGGUUAAUGAACAGUUUAAAAAUGAAAUUGCGCAAAAGCAAGAAGAAAUUGAUGCUUUAUAUAUCAAGUUUCAGAAAACUGAAGAGCACUACAAACAUCUAUAUGAUGAGGAAAAACAAGCCCACAAUUCAACAAAGACCGAAGUAGCAGAUAUUAGACAGUUGGUGACUGAAAAAACUAAUUUAAUUUCAGAAUUAAAAUCACGUCAUCAAUUAAAGAUACUGGAAAUCAACACAAUGCAUGAAACAAAGUUCAAUAAUUUAGAAGCAAGGAAAAGUCAAGAAAUAGCUGAUAGAGACGAGAAAAUAAAAAAACUUAAAAUGCAAAUGGCAAAUAUCUUAAAAGACAAUUCAUGGGAGAGGCAACAGCAGUUAGAAGAGCUCAGUAAAGAACUGAAUAAGAUUUCAGAGGAAGCAAACUUGCUGCGAGCGAAAUUAAAAAAACAUGCAUCUAAACAAACGACCGGCUGUGAAAACUGUGCCACUUUUAAAAGUUUGUUGGAUCAAAAGACGAAGAAGGUCGAAGAACAAGAAAUCUCACUCGCACAUAUGAUGACAAUAGGCAAAAAAUUAGAAACUCAGCUUGUUCAACAGGAUGUUUUAUUAAAACAGUUUGCCAUCAAGAAAGGAUUUAAAACAGACUACCAACCUAAAUGAUUGUUUUUAUCGGAAGUUUGUUACAGAUUUGACAGUUAAAUAUUAAUUUUACCUGAAGCAUUGGACAGUCUUCAGUCAAAAUAAUGUUUUUGUAUGCAUGAAAGAUGAUUUAUCUGGUGCACAUGCUAAAGAUAAUUCAAACUGGUGAACUGUUCCAGCUCAGCAGAGUUAUGUUCCAACCUGCAGGAGUGUUGUUAUCUUGAUGGAAAGCAUGCAUUAGCAUUAAUUACAGUAGGUGAACUUGAAUAAAAGAACAAAGGAGGAUUGACAGCAUUUCGUUUAUGACACCACCAAAAUGCUUAAAUUAUCAACCACCUACUAGCAAAUUUAUUAUUUGCAUGAAAUUUGCAUAAAUUAAGUUACCAAUCAAUGUACAGUGUAUUCGACCAAUGAAAGCACUAAACGUAAAAGUAAACAUAAAUAAAGGAACACAGGAGGAUGGACAGUGUUUCAUUUAUGACACCAGCAAAAUGCUUAAAUUUUCAACCAACUAUAAGCAAAUUUUAUAUAAUUUGCAUGGAAUUUGCAUAUCAAUUAAGCUACCAUUUUACAGUAUAUUCGACCAAUGAAAGCACUAAACAUGAAGUGAACAUGAAUAAAGGAACAGGGGAAGAUGGA